GGAGAGGGGCCAGCAUGGCUGAAGGCACUCUAGGCUUGCUAACGUGUAGUGAGGUGGACGGUAGGCAGGAGCCGGUCCCCAGUAGCGGUGGUUGCAACUUUCCAGAGUACGAGCUCCCGGAGCUAAACACUCGUGUUUUCCACGUGGGCGCCUUCGGGGAGUUAUGGCGUGGCCGGUUGCGUGGGGCUGGGGACUUGUCGCUGAAGGAGCCUCCGGCGCCCGCUCUGCCGGGGCGCCGAGGAGGCGCAGACUCCGGCCGGGAGGAUGCCGCGGUGGCCCGGUAUCUGGGCUGCAGCCUGGAGGCGGCGGCCGAGCUGCGAGCUGUGUGUGGUCUUGAUAAACUGAAGUGCCUUGAGAAAGACGCAGAUCCGGAAAUCAUCCCGGAUGAUACUGAUCUAGUGACUUUGGGAGUUAGAAAGAGGCUCUUGGAACAUCGAGAAGAAACCAUAACGAUAGAUCGGGUCUGCAGACAAGAAACAUUUGCUUAUGAGAUGGAAUCACAUGCCAUAGGAAAAAAGCCUGAAAACUCAGCAGACAUGAUUGAAGAAGGGGAGCUUAUCCUAUCUGUGAAUAUCUUGUACCCUGUUAUAUUUCAUAAGCACAAGGAACACAAACCAUACCAGACAGUGCUGGUUUUAGGCAGUCAGAAGCUCACAGAACUGAGGGAUUCAAUUUGCUGUGUCAGUGAUCUCCAGAUUGGUGGGGAAUUCAGCAAUACUCCUGACCAAGCCCCUGAGCACAUAAGCAAAGACCUCUACAAAUCAGCCUUCUUUUAUUUUGAAGGAACAUUUUACAAUGAUAAAAGAUACCCUGAAUGCAGAGAUUUGAGCAGAACCAUCAUUGAGUGGUCAGAGUCCCAUGAUAGAGGCUAUGGAAAGUUUCAGACUGCUAAAAUGGAAGAUUUCACUUUCAAUGACUUGAAUAUUAAACUGGGUUUUCCUUACUUAUACUGUCACCAGGGAGACUGUGAACAUGUUGUUGUCAUUACCGACAUCAGGCUUGUGCAUUGUGAUGACUGCUUGGACAGGACACUUUAUCCCCUUCUUAUCAAGAAGCACUGGCUAUGGACCAGGAAAUGUUUUGUGUGUAAAAUGUACACAGCCAGAUGGGUGACGAAUAAUGACAGUUUUGCACCAGAGGAUCCAUGUUUCUUUUGUGAUGUUUGCUUCCGAAUGCUCCACUAUGAUUCAGAAGGCAACAAACUGGGGGAAUUCCUUGCUUAUCCUUAUGUUGAUCCUGGAACCUUUAAUUAAGGAUAACAACAAGAACAAAAAUGAACCCUUGUGAAAUAACUUAUUGAAUGAUUAUUUCUAAGAAAUGCCACUGAAGAACAUCCACUUAGAACAAUUAGCUAAAGCUACCAAAAAAAAGUCCAAAUCAUGAAUUUUCUUGAUUGUAUUUAAAUGUUAUAAAUUAUUUAAUAUUUAUUACAAAACCUUUUAUUCAUAAUUCCUUUUGACCAUUUUUUUAAGUGGGUUAUCUUUUUAUUAUUGAGUUGUAGGAGUCCUUUAUACAUACUGAAUACAAGUCAGAUACAUGUAUUGUGAUUCUUUUCUCCCAUCUGUGGCUUAACUGUUCUAACUGUCCAGAGUGGUUUUUGCUAAAGAUAGAAUUCAUUCAUUAAUGACCCAUCAAGUGGUGGAAGUGCAUUGAAAUUCUUGGAAGAAUGUGAGAGCUACAACUUGUACCAUGAGGCUUCCAAGGUUAUAUUUAAAUUCAGCUGAACUCCACAUUUCUCUGGAUGGCUAAAAACAGAAUUUUGCCAUAUAAAUAAAAAACUGAUGAAGGCUAUAUACUUGUUUAAAAGAUUGGCAGUGAAAUAUGCUUUAUGGAUUUAAAUGCCACAUUUCCAAUUAAGUCAGUUGGUGUGGAGAUGCCAAGCACCUGUUUCUGUGGUGCUAACAUUGAGCAUACUGACAAAUCUGCUGGAAAACCAUAGAUUAAAAGUAAGUCUGCAGGUAUGCCAACCUAAUUAUCUACUGUAGAAUCUUUCAGAGAUAUUUCAGUCUCUCUCUCUUCACUGGAUGGCCUAAAAAAAGAUAGAAAGGAGUGACAACUGGGAUUAGAGCUUUUUCUCCUCAGGGGUGGAAGGAUGGAAAGACAUUAAAUCUAGACAUAUAUUCUUUUCAAAUCACCAAAACCAAAGAUUAUUAUUGUUCCCUUGUUCAAAAUUUUGGUUUACCAUGUUGUGCCUACUUCCAAAUAUAAUAUGCAGAUCAAGCAAAAUAAGAAACAUCGUGGCCCUAGUCCCUUCCUUUCUUAACUCUUCUAGUAAGUUCUCUUUCAAGAAUAUAAAAACAUUACGUGUCAAUAAACAUAUUACAAGCCUUAAUAAAAACAGGAAAGGAUAUGUACACAGAUAAAGAUUUCCCUAAGCUCCAGAAUUAUUAAGCAAUGCUUGAUUUCACAAGACUUUAAUCUAUAGUUCCAUACUGAUUUGGUAUUAAUAAAAAACAGCCUCAUAUUCUAAUUUUUAAUGUAUUACCCUGUCAUAUUUCAACAAGGCUUGAAAACAACUGUAAAGGUGUAACAGGAAAAGAAGUCCAGAAAAGUUUUAUAAACCAGGCUCUCUCCCACCAUGCUAUCAACCUUGCUCCAUUACCUUGAAUGCUGUGGCAAAUUAGUUACAAAGUUUUUUUUGUUUGUUUGUUUUUAACAUUUUUUGCCUUGCUUCCUGAACAUGGGAAUUAAAUGAUCAAAAUAUAUUCCUGUAUUCAAUUACCCUGGAACACUACUAUGAUUAAAAACACCCAGGAAGAUGUAUUAAAA